CAAGAUUUAGGAUUUCCUACCCUUCCUGAUCGAAGAUUGUGAAGAAAGUCGGACAGGGGGAAGGGUGCCCACCCUUCACUAUACCUACGUCAAGCGUCAGAUCCAUACUGCCGCAGGAGUUCUUGCAGCAGGAAUCAUGGCAACUUGGGCGCCCAUCUCGUUGUCGGGGCCAGAAGAACUGAAGGAUAUCUUUCCAGGAGUGCGGGGUCUCCAGAAGAUCCAGCAGACUCCACAGGAGCAAAGGAACACUGGAGUGCUCCCUGUGAUUGGGGCCGACCCGGUUGUGCUCCAGAAGGCUAUCAAUUUCCUCUUCAGCAUCAACAGCAGGAUAAAGUCCUCCGUUAGCAGGAGCAACGGCAGGGAGGCCCCCAAAGUCCUCGCUCUCUCAGGGCUGUUGAUCGGGAUCGUCGAGAUUGCAAAGCGGUUGCCUACUGCAGCAAAAGCAAGCGCGACUGCAGACUUGGGACUGGAUCAGCCUUUCGCAAGUGCUUUUGCAAACGUUGCUGACCCCUCCGCAACAACCGCAGCGUGCACGACAGUGUACAAGGAGGGUAGUAUGGAUCACAACGAGCUUCUGGAUGACCAGGCGCGGCUUGCUGCAGUGGAGGGAGAGGAACACGCCUAUGGACCUGGUCCUGCUGCUCCCGCUCCCAAAAAACAGAAGCUCGAAGUCUCCAAAGUCACAGGAAAAGCGAGCACCCAAGAGAGUUCUCCCUCGAAAGUUAAGCCCGGAUCUCGCAGAAUGGAGACACCUCCGGAGGCUGGCCCACAGGUUUCCCCACCACCUAUGGAGGGCACGGCGGGCGGAUCGGGAAGCAGAAUAAGCCGCCUCUCCAAAGGCGUGUCAUAUCGUGUGCUCAACUUCGAACAACAAUACGAGCAUCUUAGGGACGUCUGGUUGUUGAAUCAGUCUUCGUACCAGCCAAAUCUUUACUUUACGGCUGUCUUUUCAGAGCUCCAACUGGAGCUGGUGGUCAACCUGGAGACGGGUGAAGUUACAGUUCGGCGGGCCGUCUGGGAGGCCAAGGCUAGCCUCCGGCAAGGGUACCGCAAGAAGAUCGACCAGGCCGCAAAAACCGCCGUGUGUGUUUACAUAAACAACUUGGCACACGGUGUGGUUAUCAAGAACGUAUAUGUUCUGUUCACGCCGGAGAAUACUGGCUGGGAGCUCGGUUAUCACCCGCAUGAGCUGCGGGGGGACAUCUUCGUGUCGGAGUUCCUUGAGUUGUCAAAACGGGACCCCAAGAACCCCAUGGAGUUCAAGGCCGGCGACCAACUGUUGAAGGGGGGGACAUACAUUCUGAAGGCGUUCCUGGGGGACGCGCUGUCGAAGCUGAGCGUCAAGGAGAUGGACGACAUCCUGGUAGACAUCGAGGUCAGCCAGGUGUUGUCGAGCAUCCACCUCAUGCAGGACGCCUUCAGGGAGGAGGCGCCGUGGUUUGAAGAACCUCUGCAUCGCUUGGAGCGGAAGGGAGAUGACCAGGACGUCCCUCCAGAAGAGCAGUUAGGCAGAGUGACCAGGGGGAAGGUCAAGCGGCAACGAGAGGUGGCGGCCUACGAGAAGAUACCUGUCCCAGUCCCACCAAGGCCCCCUCCAAUGGACCCCAAGAAGUUUGAAUGGAGACGGCUCCUUGAAGAAGGCGACCGGUAUGAAGCGGUAGGGAAAGAGGUGCGGCGGCGCGGACAAGACCUUCAAAGGCAAAGCUACGAGUUGGGGCCUAACCAGACUGAGGAGCGAAAACUCGGCGGCAGCCUGGGGUCCACCUUCGAGUCAAGUGGUUUUCUUGUUUGGAUAUGUUUACGGAAGUGCCCAACGCAGGCUGGAGGAGAUUGCGAGAAUAAGGAAGAUGCAGGAGGACGAGCUGGCCGAGAUCAACAAGUCCUGAUCAGGUGA